UAAAAUAAAGUUUAAAUAUAAAGCCCAAUGGAAAUUUCAUUAAUUAAUACGUGUAGUGCAGCCUUAAGUCUAAUUAUAUUUGAAACUAAGCCUAACCACCACUCAAAUACUGACACCUAAGCGCCGUCGAUAUAGAAAGACAGAGAGGAAUAGUGUUGAUGCAGACAACACGGAAAUGUGCUAAUUGGGCGGACAUGGAAAAGUAGGAAACCCGCAAAGCACGUGCAUUUUUCUGGCACCUCUCUCUCUGUCGAGCUUGUCAUUAAGCUAUGAACCAUGAAGCGCCCGAGUUCAAUGCUAAAGCCAACGAUCAUCAUAAACGAUCCGCCGCUCGAGCCGACAACACAGAAGCGGAAAAAUGAAGCUCAUUGGCUUUAUUACACUAUUGCUGCUGGCGCUGGACGCUGUGCAGGCUCAGAGAGCCAACUUAACAUCCUGGCGUCAUCAUCGUCGCCAAAAACGUUUUCUGAUCUAUCAAAACGGUGGUGUGAUAAAGAUGGUGACAGGUACCGCAUUUCCUGUUGACUUUCAAGAAAAGAAUGCAUGGCGUCAGCUGGUCUGGCUAAUGAAUUAUCACUAUCAAUUUAGUGAGCCAACUUCGCCGAUUUACUGGUGGAAACUCUGGAACUCUGGGCGCGACCUCAAGGGGCCCCUGAAACUAACCAAAGAGCAACUACAGCAGCAACACCGCGUUGAGGAGAACAAAGUGGAUGAGCCACAGCUGAUGCUUUACUCCUUUGCUGAGGAAUACAUGAAUCGGCUUGGCCAGCAUGGUAAAGAAUGUCUCCAACGUUUGAUCUGUGAGAAUGGUCAGGUGCACGAGCACAGUGGACUUUAUGCCCAGUUGUUGCACAGGCUGCUAACACCCCACAGAUCUUUGGAUGCGCGCUACGUGGAUGCUUAUCACAUGGGCAGACAUGGCAUCAAUUGUCGCCGCGCUUACCCCAAGGCAUCGCAUUGUCUCCUGGAUGAUUAUGUGCAUGUUCAUGAGCGUGGCCUAACGCAGAGUUACACUUAA